AUGGCACAAACAGGCAUUCUCUGUCUGCUGAGAAAGUCAGCGACAUCAUCCAUCUUUCUGCUUUGUGCGUGGUAUCUGGUUUCCGGGCAGAUACGUUACUCCAUUCCUGAAGAACUGGAACACGGUGCCUUCGUCGGAAAAAUCGGAAAAGAUUUGGGAUUGAGCAUAGAGGAGCUAUCAAGCCGUAAAUUCAGAAUUUUAUCAUCCGCUAUAAAAGAAUAUCUGGAUGUAAAUCGCAUGAAUGGGAUUUUAUUUGUGAAUGCAAGAAUCGACAGGGAACAGCUAUGUGGCCAGAGUGAUAACUGUAUAUUGCGCAUGGAAGCGGUAGCUGAGAACCCAGUGGAACAGUACCGUGUGGAGGUCGAAAUUUUAGAUGUAAAUGAUAAUUCUCCAAGUUUUCCGAACAAUGAAAUUAGUUUAGAAAUUACAGAGACGGCGACGCCUGGAGCUCGCUUUUCGUUAGAGCGUGCGCAAGACCCAGAUGGGGUAAAUAAUUCGAUCCGUACGUACCAGCUCACGCCAAAUGAGCAUUUUAGUUUAGAUGUACAAAAUCGCGGAAAAUGGAAGGUACCCGAAUUAGUAGUGAACAACAUUCUCGACCGAGAAACACAGUCGAGGCACCGUUUGUUACUCACAGCUCUGGACGGCGGAUCUCCAGAACGAUCAGGUACCGCUCAUGUAACUAUUACUAUAUUGGACACCAAUGACAAUGCUCCUGUUUUCGACAAGUCGUUGUACACUGUUAGCGUAAAAGAAAACGUGCCACUAGAUACUUUAUUGAUUAAGUUAAACGCAACAGAUUUGGAUCAGGGAAAGAAUGCGGAGAUUAUUUAUUCUUUCAGCGGCUACAAUGAGCCAAGGGUAACUGAAAUAUUUGCGAUUAAUCCCAAAACCGGAGAGGUAUAUCUGAAGGAAAGAUUGGAUUUCGAGGAAGGAAGUGCGUAUGAGAUUGAUGUUGAAGCUAAGGAUGGAAAUGCACAACCGUUAUCGACACACUGCAGCGUGCGGGUGGAAAUCACAGAUGUCAAUGACAAUGUUCCUGAUUUAACUCUAAACUCUGUUUCCACUGCAAUCAAUGAAGAUGCUCCGAGUGGAACUUUAAUCGCGUUGAUCAGUGUGACAGACAAGGAUUCCAAUCAAAAUGGAUAUAUUGAUUGUUCUAUCUCACCCAACCUCCCCUUUGACCUGAAAUCUUCCUUUAGUAAUUCUUACAGACUCGUCACAAAUGCAGCACUAGACCGUGAAAGUGCACCUCAGCAUAAAAUCACCGUGUCUUGCAAAGACCGUGGGAUCCCACCAUUAUCUACCAAUCGGACAAUUGUGGUAAAUAUAUCAGAUAUAAAUGAUAAUGCGCCACGCUUUACUCAGCCUUCGUACACAGCCUACGUGACAGAAAACAAUGAACCGGGCAGUUACAUCGGAUCAGUGACAGCUUUGGAUCCAGAUGUCGACCGAAAUUCACAGCUCUCUUACUCCGUUUUGGAAACCCGGAUUCAGUCAGUGCCGGUAUCUUCCUAUCUCUUUAUCAACUCAAACAAUGGCAGUAUCUACUCAAUACAACCAUUUGAUUAUGAGAAACUUAAAAGUUUUCAAUUUCACGUUCGAGCUCAGGAUGCCGGAGAACCAACGCUUUCCAGCGAUGUUGCUGUGCAAGUGAUUAUCUUGGAUCAGAACGACAAUCCACCUACUAUAAUAUCAUCGAAAACGAAGAGCAACAAUAGUUUGCAUGUGCCUCGAUCUGCAGAUCCGGGAUAUCUGGUAACAAAGAUUGCUGCUUCCGACGCAGAUUCUGGUAAGAAUGCGCAACUUUCAUAUCAUCUGAAGCAGACUACAGUCCCUGGUCUUUUUACAAUUUCACACAGUUCAGGAGACGUAAGGAGUGUUCGGCGGUUCAAAGAUAGCGACGCCACUACACAGGAACUAAUUGUCCAGGUCAAAGACAAUGGUUACCCUUCUCUUUCUGCUACGACCACCUUAACUUUGACAGUAAUUGAGGAAGAUACAAGCUACCAGCCAGAAUUUAGGAAGCCGCAUCUUGAUGUAAGAGAAACGCAGCAGUUCAGUAUUUAUAUAAUAAUUUCUUUGGGAGCCACAUCUUUCAUUCUGCUGGUGGUUAUUAUUGUCUUAGUUGUCGCAAUUUGUCCAAUGGGCGGCAGUGCAUCUUCCGACAGUGUUUGCUCCUUUGCUGCCUGCUGCUGCACAAAAGAAUUGGAAUGUCAGCAUUCGAAUGUCAACCUUCAGGUUACGCCAGAUUUUCAGAUCCUUCCCAGUGUGCUUGAGGUUCGCGGCAAUGGAUCCCUUACAGACACACACCGUUAUAAAAUUCGAUCAGCACCUGAAUCAGCUGAAAUGUUUUUCACGCCAUUCAGUCCACAAAUGGCAAGAAUUGCUGGAAAGGAAACCAGAUAUGUACUGCAGGACAAUCGAUGGGGGAGGAAGAGCUGCUCAGAUCAGGUGAGUAAUGUCAAAAAGACGUAA